GUCGGUUUUGUGGCAACAUAGUUGACUGUCAGGGACUGGUAACUACAGGAAACAGGAUAUUAUCGAUCUUUCUUUUGUUGUGAGCGGCAAAUACUCUAUAACAGACAUUGAACACUUCAAUGUGUGUGUGUAAACACUUGACUUUAUGACAGGGUCGAUAUGAACACAAAAAUCUGUUUCAGUUUAUAGCUUAAAACGCAAGUAAUGUCUCAACGUCAUUUCCAUUACAAAGAAAAUCCUAGGGUCGGUUUCAUUCACAAGAAAUAAUGAUCAGGCGAACUUCCCGAUGGAGGUCGGCGCUGUGCACACGCGAUUUGGAGUAUUGCUUUUCCGAUUGGACGGUACGCUAGUUCAUUCCGCAAAAUUUUUUCCAGAGCAAUUUCCUAGAAGUUGUUUACACAUCUGUGAGUAGGCUCGAUUACCAGCCGCUGUUCGGGAAAGGAGCACACGUUCCUCCCCCGUAGACCCGACUCGGAAUCGAGCUAGCCUGUAUGGGAGGAGAGGGAGAAACAAAACCACAGGUGAACCCAGCCGAGACGGGGAUCGAAUCAGGAUCUAUCGACAGUCUGAAGUCAAUGCAUCAAACCAUUGGAAUUAAAAGCUGUAUUGUGAUGGGCAUGUUUAGCUUUUUAAGGAAAAGGCCAUGGGAAAUUGUUUCAUUUACUCAGUUUACGCUCUUAACAUUUCUGGUGUGAUUAUGAACUUCUUUACAGGAUCAACUGUUAAGCAACACAAAGAAUCUCUUCUAAAGUUCUUCAAGCUUAAUGAUGAAAACCCGACUUCGGAAAAUGCAACUUUGAACAUAACAAACAGUCCGGGGAGAUGUGGACUCCUAACCAAGAAACUCUGCGCCCAAAAGCAUAAAAGUAAAAGCAACACGGUGAAAAAAUCAUUUCGUCCUUACUAUUAUGAUGACGACGACGACGAAGAUUCGGAUGAUUACGAUGAAACCGCCGAUGACGACGACUUUCCGGAGGAAACCGAGACAGGUUCUUAUCGAUCUUAUGCACCUCGGGAUCACGAAAGGCCAUACGAUGAUGAGUCCGAAGAUUACGAUCGCGAAUCUUGGCGAGGUCAAAACUUCGACGAUGAAGACUCUGAGCCACGUGAAAGGCCUGGGUACGAGGGAGAUAUGGAUGAUUGGGACUGGGACUCACCAAGACGUCAUGGUGAAAGACACACUUUCAAAGAUAGAGAAAGAUGGAGGUCACAUGACGUUCCACAAGACGACGAUGAGUUCGAACCAAGCUAUUCCACUCAAUAUCGCCAUCACCCAAGACAUUCGCAUUAUCGACAUUAUCACCAUCAGUAUCGACCCCCAGUUCAUGCAAGUUAUCGAACAUUCAGCCAAGCCGCGCCUUCGUGGCCUACGUACUUCCAGGAGUAUUCAAGGCGUAGCCCUUUCGCUGCCCCUGUGCCGUAUGUUACUAAUCCGGCGAGCGUGGAUUGGACAAGAGGUCUCGCCUCUUACCAACCAAGGUGGCAGCCUCGGUAUUACCCUCCUGUGGCAGCUACAUCUGCGCCGCAAUCGUUCAACACUCGGCUAGCAGGCCCUAGCAGUUUGAACCCUUACCAACAGAACAUACUCAGCUAUCAAAAUCGGGAGUCCAAUUCAUUUUUUAUUCCACCCUAUCAUGUUUCAUCGCCUUCAUACUUACGAGCUACAACGCGUAAUCUCGUGGAUUUUACUAUCCCAAACUCUCUCCCGGGAGUAGCAGCGAGUUCCCCUCGGCUAUCUCACCAUAUCUAUCAUUACCCUCCGGUAGUUUCUCACUCCAGACAUAUAAUCAGCCCGUUUUCUAGACCGUUUAUAAGACGUCGGGAGUUUUCUGACGCAGUUCUUAACAGACUCAGAGACAUGAAUCUUCAUUAGCAAGAAGGCACGA